GGAAUUAAAAACAUCGAACAUUCGUGUGGCCACCAUCUCCCCGCGAAAAGUAAUCGACAUAACAGAAAAAAUCUCCAUUUUGGAUAAUAAAAACUAACCCUUUAUGCAUAUAGAAAUUUCUCCAUUCAUCAACAAUGGAGACUCUUCUUCUAACCCUCAACCCACUAAAACCCCAACCCUAUCUCUUCAAAUUCCCCAAUUCUCGAACUCCAUUCACCAACAACUGCAGAGGUUUCUUCUCCCCGAUUUCUUGCAAGCUCUCAUCACAGCCGUCUAAAGACACGACAAAGAACAAGGUUGUGGUCCCUGGUGCAGCUCCGUCGUUGUCGGAGGAGAAUGAACCUCCGGCAAAGGUGGAUUCCCGGCCGAAGAAGUCCGGUGGGGCGGUUGUGAAAAGGUUGACCAAAAGGGGUUUGUCAGUUCUUGCUAAUUUGCCUCUGGCUAUUGGUGAAAUGUUCACCAUUGCUGGUUUGAUGGCUUUGGGUACUGCAAUAGAUCAAGGUGAGAAUCCGGAAUACUAUUUCCAAAAAUAUCCGGAGGAUAAUCCAAUUCUAGGAUUCUUCACAUGGAGAUGGAUACUUACCCUAGGGUUUGAUCAUAUGUUUUCAUCCCCGGUUUUUCUUGGAACUUUAGUUCUACUAGCAGCAUCUCUUAUGGCUUGCACAUACACCACACAAAUCCCCAUGGUCAAAGUAGCAAGAAGAUGGUCUUUCUUAAAUUCGGCUAACACAAUUCGAAAGCUGGAAUUCUCAGAUUCUCUACCCAAAGCCUCAAUUCAGGAUUUAGGUGUUAUUUUAUCCGGAGCGGGAUAUGAGGUUUUUCUGAAAGGACCAUCUUUAUACGCCUUCAAAGGGCUAGCGGGCCGGUUCGCCCCAAUCGGUGUGCACAUAGCUUUACUCUUGAUAAUGAGCGGUGGGACCUAUAGCGCUGUUGGAAGUUUCAAAGGUUCCGUAACAGUCCCACAGGGCUUGAAUUUUGUUAUGGGAGAUGUAUUAGGCCCAAACGGGUUCCUUUCUACACCUACCGAAGCUUUUAACACCGAGGUUCAUGUUAACCGGUUCUACAUGGAUUACUAUGAUAGUGGAGAGGUUUCACAAUUUCACACGGAUCUUUCUUUAUUUGAUAUCGAUGGGAAGGAAGUAAUGAGGAAAACAAUAAGUGUAAAUGAUCCGUUAAGAUAUGAAGGAGUUACGAUAUAUCAAACCGAUUGGAGCAUUUCUGCCCUGCAAAUAGUGAAAGAUGAAGAAGGCCCGUAUAACCUAGCUGUUGCACCUUUGACCGUUAAUGGAGAUAAGAAGCUUUAUGGAAGCUUUUUGCCUGUUGGAAAUGCCGAUUCUACAAAUGUCAAAGGAAUAUCAAUGCUUCUUCGUGAUCUUCAGUCGGUUGUGUUAUAUGAUCAAGAUGGGAAAUUUGCUGGGGUCCGCAGGCCUAACUCUAAACUUCCGAUUGAAAUUAAUGGUACAAAGAUCGAAAUUGUGGAUGCAAUUGGCAGUAGUGGACUUGAUAUGAAGACUGAUCCUGGAGUGCCGAUUGUAUAUGCGGGAUUUGGUGCAUUAAUGCUUACAACUUGCGUUAGUUAUCUAUCACACACACAGAUAUGGGCUUUACAAGAUGGAACAACUGUAGUAGUUGGAGGGAAAACUAACCGAGCCAAGGUUGAGUUCCCUGAUGAGAUGAACCGCGUGCUAGAUCGGGUCCCCGAGAUAAACGAGCCAUCUGAUGUUAUUUUGGGCUAAGAAACAAGAAAAUGAGGAUUCUUUUGUAGAGAUUUUAUUUAUCCAAAUACAGAAGUGUAUAUAUAUACAUAUUAAAUCUAUAACAGUUUUGAUCCAAAAGAUUUA